GAAAGAUGGCAGGCGUGCAGCCGCCACCCCUCCGCAGCCUGGAUGAUUUCCUCCUGACCUCGGCCCGGUUCGCCGUGCCCGAUGUACGCGACCUGGACCGCUGGAACCACCGCAUCAUCAACAACCUGCUGUACUACCAGAGCAACUACUUCCUGUCCGCGCUGAUCCUGCUGCUCACCGUGGGGUACAUGCGGCCCUUCCAGUUGCUUGUCGGGGGGGUGGUGGUCACCGUGUUAUUCCUGGGCUUUGUCUGGGCUGCCGAGAACCAGGCUCCCAUUCGCCGUUUCCGUAGAAACCACCCAUCAAUCUCUGUGUUUGCCAUUCUUUUGGUCAGUUAUCUAUUCAUAUCGGUGCUGGGAGGAGUGGCCGUGUUCCUGUUUGGGAUAGCCUUCCCUAUACUGAUGGUUCUUGUCCAUGCGUCGGUGAGGCUGCGCAGCCUGAAGAACAAGCUGGAGAACAAGCUGGAGAGCAUCGGCCUGAAGAGGACACCCAUGGGAAUCCUGUUGGAGGCCCUGGGACAGGAACAGGAGGCUGGAUCCUAGAGAGGGGAGGGGAUCUGUGAGGGGGGUGUGUGUGAUGUAACAUCUAAGGUAAAUGAAGAGAGAAAUAGAUAUGAAGUAAGUGUAAAAUAGGACAAGAAGAACAAUGUAGGAGAAGGAGAACAUUCCUGCAAGUAUAUAUGAAUGUAAUCUCCAAAAGUGUUUAGUGUUAAGAAAAAGAAACAGGAAAUUAUUAAUGUGGAUCCACAGUGUGUCCCUACUGUAAACACAGUGCAAAAGUGAUUUAGAGCAAUAGAUCAGUUAUUCAAUGAUGACAUAAGAUGGACAUAUAGAUCCUGACUUCGAAUGAUUUCCCCUUUUUAUUUAGAGUUUACAUCGUUUUUUGUUCCCUUGAAACAUAAAUGCUUAAAUAAGGUGAAGUUAUAAGAGAAUAGGAGGUUUUAUAUGAAGAACAAAGCUCCAAGAUGAGCAAAAAGACUUGAUACAGGACUAACAGGAGCAUAUAUAAGUGAAAGAAACAAAUGAAUAAUUUCAUUUACCACAUUUCAAAGCCUGUUUUUAUCCAUAAGACUAAGCUGACCUGUCCUAUAGCGGCACCAUUAGCUCACAUGCUGAACAAUAUCUGCUAGUGUAAUCAUCAGUAAGUUAGCAUUCUGACAUUAGCAUUAAGAUCACAGCACCAAUAGCAUGACUUGGUAUUUAUUAAUUGCUUUUUUCUUAAUUGUCAAGCGUAUUAUAUUUUGUAUUGCCUUUAUGACCACUAUUACAUGUUUUUGUCUACUCAAUUCCAGCUUUUGCUUUUAAGUAUUAAGCAUUUUUGACAUUUGUAAGUUUUGUCAGCAUCAGCGCCCUGCAUAUGCGUAUGUGCCAUUGUAGUAUUGAUAUUAUUAUGUUUAUGACUGUUUUGGGGUUUGAACACGUGACUAUUCUGUUACAUGGCUCUCCAUCAGUCGUUCAUGUUCGUUAAGCGGCAACCUCCCAUUCUGAAAAGUGCCUUAAACCUGCAUUCUAUCUGAUAUCCAUCAGGGGGCGACUCCACUUGUAAAAUGAAGUCCGCUUGUAUUGAAGUCUAUGAAGAAAUGAGCCCUACUUUUUACUUAAUUUAUUGCCUCAGUUAACAUUUUCCUGAUGAGUUUAUGGUCUCAAUCUCUGCCUUCAAGUCUUAUUCAAUACAUCAAGAGCGUAAAAGUAAAAUAAAAGAUAAAGCAGAGUAUGCAUUUGGGCAGGGCUACCUUGUGACAGAUCGCUAACAGUGUUGUCCGGUUUAGAUGUUUAAAAUAUUCUGGGGCCUCAUUUAUAAAGGGAUAUACGCUCAAAAAAUGGCGUACGCCAGUUUCUACGCAAUGUUUGCGAUUUAUAAAAUACUAACUUGACGGGAAAAUGUGCGGUCCUCCACGCAAACUCUAACCCAUGCGUACGCACUAAGCACAACAACGGGAGGGACGAGAAACUGCGACACCGUUGGC